UUCAAGCUAAUUCUUCCCAUUUAUAUCUUUAUGAUCUUUCCUUUUCAUCCAAUAUAUAUAUGUUUCAUUUCAUCUACCUAGCUAGAUAGCUGCUUUUUAUAUAAGAUAUUGUCUUACAAUAUAUAUAUAGUAUUAUGGGUUGAUCAUCCCAAGAUCUUUCCACACCUCUCUCAACCUUAAAAAGUAUUUAGAGAAAAUGAAGAAGCAAGCAAUCAGAAGCUAGAAAUCCUAGAAUAUGAUAGCUAGCAUUUGUAUGAAAUUCAAGCGAGAUCUACUCGAUCCCCAAAUCUUUCCAUCGAAAACAGUGAGACCCCAAACCUUUACCACACGAGAUCCAAUCCACAAAACUCAACUACUAAAAUCAACCUCCCCUAGCUCUUUCUUCCUUUUUUUUCCUUCCCCAUCAGCCCCCUUCGGCCUCCUUAAACCCUACAACCAGCUCCCCUUAAACAUCACCUUUCUUUUCUUUCUGUGCAGUUCCCUUUGCUGAUGCAACUACAUAGGGUUUUUUAUAGACAUAAACAUUCAUAAAUAGAUACAGAGAGAUAGGAGACAUAGAGUAUAUUAUUUGGUAGCCGUAAUUUUCUAAACUAGAGGAUUCCAUCAGUUGCUUAAUUUAUGCUGAUAGACAUAUUUUGACCAUAUAUAUAAGCUAUUGUAUUACAUACUGGCCUUUUUGAGCUAAAUCUUUGAAUCUCCAGCCAAAAGCAGUAGGAUUGUUUUGAUUCCUCAAUCAGAAGAGUAAACCAGUAAUUACAGGGCACAGAUCCUGAAAAGGAGGAGAAGGUGGAAGAUGGCUUCGUCGUCGAAUUCUCCGUGUGCUGCCUGUAAGUUUCUGCGCCGUAAAUGUCAACCUGAAUGUGUCUUUGCUCCCUACUUCCCACCUGACCAGCCACAAAAAUUCUCUAAUGUCCAUAAAGUUUUUGGGGCAAGCAAUGUCACAAAACUUCUCAACGAAUUGCACCCUUCUCAGCGUGAAGAUGCUGUCAAUUCUUUGGCCUAUGAGGCUGACAUGCGCCUCCGUGACCCAGUUUAUGGCUGCGUUGGAGUCAUUUCACUUCUUCAGCACCAACUUCGCCAACUGCAGAUAGAUCUUAGCUGUGCAAAAUCAGAACUCUCCAAAUAUCAGAACUUGGGCGUCACUGGCCAUGCUGGAUCACUAAUUGCGGCCGCAGCAGCUGCAGCGACAGCCACGGCAACAACCCAUCACCACCACCAUCCGCAAAACCUUGGGAUCAAUUUGAUUGGAGCAGGAGGUGGAAGUAGGGAUCACCACUACCACCAUCAGUUUUUUCCAAAGGAUCAGCAACAGCUUAUGAGAAGCUUCGAUGCUGGGAAUAACUAUGAUGCAAGCCUUCUUGCAAUGAAUGUCUCUGCCAGUAUUGGACAACUUAGUCAUUUCCAGCAACCUAGAGCCGCUGCUGGGGACGACCGCCGCACCAUUGACCCCUCUUAGGGUUUCUCUUCCGCAGGGCUCCACAUCGAAGGGAUUUACUCUAGAAAAAAAAAAGGCUAGAAAGUGAUGGGAUAUUCUAUCUCGAUGGAAUGAAUACCACCUCGUCAUAGAAAUUUUUGCUGCGCAUCGUCUCAGUUUAUAUGUGUGUGUAACCCUCUCUCCCAUUCCGAACUUUUACAUUGCCCCUUCAAAGCAAGAUAUAUAUUUUUGCCAUGCCAAGAAUGGAGGGACGUACUAAACUCUUCCAGUCUCACAGUUGCUAGCAUCAUUAGUUUGCGGGGUGGUUCUGCCUCUCACAAUGUGCCAUGGCUGGCAGGCAUGGCUCUGUUUUUGGUUUCCAUCCUCUGAACUUUUUUCUGUUUAAACAGUGAGCACAGGCAGCAAUUUUAUAUAUUUCUAAUUUUAAUCA